AUGGCAUUCAGCGAUCGAAUCAUCGCUACCCUCUACCCUGAACUUACAGGAAUAUUACCGCACCCUACAAUGCCUCCUCCCAAGCAGCUCAAGCUGUCGGACAUGACAAAAUCGAAAAGAGCGGACCGCCGCAAAGAAAUCCAAGAUGGCGACGAAACAUCUAAUCUAUCCGACGGUCAAUCAGACUAUGAACAGAGCUCAUACAAAUACACUGAAGCUCCAGUGACGGAACGCAGCCUUCACAAGAUGCUGCAAGAGCUCAGAGCUACUAUAACAGCAGACUUCCACCACAUUAAUGGCGAUCUGAGAAAAUAA